CAUAAUACAAUUCCAUACAUUGUGAAACAAUUUCCCAAUUUCUUCCUCCAUUUUCGCCCAAUUUCUCCUCUCUUGAACACAUGCAUUUAGGCUUCGAAUUUCUGAAUUUUGAUCAAAAUUCGAAGAAUUAAGGGAAAGAAAUGAGCUUUCAAGAUCUACAUUCGGGUCGAUCAUUGGGUCCUCGUCGGGGCAAUGUCAACGGGAAGCAAGACCCGACUCAAGCUGUGGCUUCGGGAAUUUUUCAGAUCAACACCGCCGUCUCCACUUUUCAGAGGCUGGUUAACACCUUAGGUACCCCUAAGGAUACCCCGGAGCUACGUGACAAGUUGCACAAGACAAGACUACAUAUUGGGCAAUUAGUGAAAGAUACUUCUGCAAAACUUAAGCAAGCCAGCGAAACAGAUCAUCGAGUUGAAGUCAGUACUAGCAAGAAAAUUACAGAUGCUAAACUUGCUAAAGAUUUUCAAGCUGUAUUGAAGGAGUUUCAAAAGUCUCAAAGGCUUGCAGCUGAGAGGGAGACAGCAUAUACACCUUUCGUUCCCCAAGCAGUUUUUAAUUCUAGUUACACGGACAGUGAGAUAGAUGUCUCCUCAGAUAAUGGUCAAGAACAGCGAGCUCUGCUUGUGGAAUCUAGAAGACAAGAGGUUGUUCUUUUGGACAAUGAGAUUUCCUUUAAUGAAGCUAUUAUAGAGGAAAGAGAGCAGGGAAUACAACAAGUACAACAACAGAUAGGUGAAGUGAAUGAGAUUUUCAAGGAUCUUGCUGUGCUUGUUCACGAGCAAGGAACAAUGAUCGAUGAUAUUGGUUCCAACAUUGAGAAUUCUCAUGCUGCAACUGCACAAGGGAGAACACAACUGGCUAAAGCUGCAAAGACCCAAAGAUCAAAUUCAUCUCUGACCUGCUUACUACUGGUGAUUUUUGGAAUCGUGCUCCUUAUUGUUAUCAUAGUACUUGCAGCCUGAUUUGAGAUAUAGAGAGGGAUCCUAAACUCCGUUAAACAGUGAAAACUGAAGAGAUCUUUGUGACUUAAGUUGUUUGAAGGUGGCUCGGCGUAAAAUUGUGCUGCCUCGAAUCCUUGGUCAUACAAAAAAAAAACGAAGUUUUGUUACCUCUCUGGGGGGGAGGAGGAGGGGGAGACAGGCCUUGUGUUUAAUAUUGUAAAUUUGGUGUUGUUGCAAGGUAUGUUUCUGCUUUGUAAUGACACUAUAACAGGUUUGUCAAUAAGAAGUAAACAGUUUUUUUGUAUUUAC